AUGUUUAGGCAGGAAUCCCAGAGAACACGAUUACGUCGUAUUAAGAGGUAUGGAAACGAGACUUUCCAGUAAGUGAUGGAAAAUAACGCUGUUGUACCUUUCAGGAGCCACAGGAGAACGCCGACGACUUUCGAAACCAUCCCUUUGGGCGACCAGACAGACGAUGGUAAUGUCACUUCUCCUGGAACUUAUUCUCCAAAAGUGCCAUCAGCUAGCGAUCAGAUGCGUAUAUUGCUUCUGAUAUGUAAGCAAAUGGCAACACUGCCGUCCACAAUCGAUGUCACUGAGAGCCACUGGAAGGUUAUUUCCAACUACUGGACAAUAGCUUCCGAAACCAAUCGGUAUGAUACCCAAUUUAUAACUCCCUCUUGCGUUAGACCUACUACCUCACACGCCUUGGUGGGCACAAUGUAG